AUGCAGUCUCUACGAUUGAUAAGUUUUUCAAAACUUCCAAGAUUAUUAUUAAGUACUUCGUCCAGAUUUGUACAUUUUAAUUCUCAUGAUAUAUUUUCCAAAGAUAAUUCUUUAAAAUCUGUGAAACGUUUUAAGACAUUAUGUCCUGAACUGAAUACUGAUGGCAAACGUCAAGCCGCUGUUCUUAUUCCAUUAUGUAUUGUUAAAGAUGAAAUAUCAUUAUUGUAUACAUUAAGGACGAAUAAUUUAAAAAGAAAUAGUGGUCAAGUAUCAUUCCCUGGUGGAAUGCGUGAAACAGACGAACAACUACAGGAUACAGCAUUGAGGGAAUCUUGCGAAGAACUUGGAAUAAGCAAGACUGGUAUUGAUAUUUGGGGAAGUGGUAGAUUUAUUGUUUCUAAAGACAUAGCAAUUAUGCCAUUUUUAGGAAAUAUUGGUGUUGUAGAACCAGAGAAUUUAAAUAUUUCCAGUGAAGAAGUUCAAUAUGCAUUUGCUGUUCCCAUUAGGCAUUUUUGCGAACCAGCUAAUUGCAAACACACAUAUUUCAGACAACAGUCAAACAGAUUAAUGAUGAUACCAGUAUACACAAACAACUAUAAAAGAAUAUGGGGCAUGACUGCUUAUAUGACUUGGUUGGUAUUAAAAUCCAUUAUACCAGAGAAGUUUAAUCAAAAACUUACUUCCACAUUAUAUGGAAGAAAUUAA